AUGCCGGUGUAUUCGAUUUCACACGUUGAAAAUGUCCGUAUUUGUGUGGUGAUGGUGGGCCUUCCGGCCAGAGGCAAAUCAUUGAUAGCCCAGAAAAUUGUCAGGUACCUUUCUUGGCUAUCGAUCAAAGCCAAAUGUUUCAAUGUUGGUUCUUAUCGCCGGAAUCUUGCUGGUGACCGACCUGUAGAUGCUUCAUUUUUUGACCCUAAGAACAAGGAUGGCCUUGAGGUGCGCCAGGAAGCGGUCAAUAGUGCUAUUCGAGACAUGAUGUCUUGGUUUAUGGACGAAAAUGGAGUGGUUGGAAUUUUUGAUGCGACCAAUUCAACACGGCAAAGAAGAGAACAAAUCUUGCGAUUGUGUCGAGAGAACGGCAUAGAGCCCAUGUUCUUGGAAAGCUGGUGUGACGACCAGGAACUUAUUCUUCAAAACAUAGCCGAUGUGAAAACUACGUCGCCAGAUUAUACCAACCGCAAUUCCGAGCUUGCUACCGACGAUUUUUUGAAACGAAUUGCAUUCUACGAACAAGGUUACGAGACCAUGGAUAAAGACGUGGACAACUCGUUGACAUUUAUCAAGCUUGUCAACGUCAACUCACAGAUAAUCUUAAACCGUAUAGAGAGCUACUUGGAAAGUAGAAUUGUCUAUUACGUGAUGAAUCUUCAUAUCAAACCAAGAAGUAUCUGGCUCUCAAGGCACGGAGAGUCGCAGUAUAACCUCACGGGCCAGAUUGGAGGCGAUGCAGACCUUUCGGAACGGGGAAUGAGGUAUGCGAAACGGCUUCCUGAACUCGUACUCAAAUCAUUGGGAGAAGAAAAUAAGCACACCAAUCUUACGGUUUGGACUUCAACUAUGAAACGAACCCAGCAAACCGCCUCGUUUUUACCAUAUAAGAAGAAGCUUCAGUGGAAAGCUUUGGAUGAGUUGGAUGCUGGUGAAUGUGAUGGGAUGACAUAUGAAGAAAUUGAACAAAAAUUUCCCGAAGACUUCAAAGCUCGUGAUGAUAACAAGUACGAGUAUCGAUACCGUGGAGGAGAAUCGUAUCGUGACAUUGUCAUAAGGCUUGAACCUAUUAUCAUGGAGUUGGAGAGACAAGAAAAUAUCUUAAUUAUAACCCAUCAAGCCGUGUUGCGAUGCUUGUAUGCGUAUUUCAUGAAUGUUCCCCAAGAAGAAUCGCCUUGGAUGUCGAUACCAUUGCACACACUCAUCAAGUUGGAACCAAGAGCCUACCUGACGUUAGUGACGAGUAUAAAAGCCGAUAUUCCUGCCGUUAGUACCUAUAAGGAAAAGGGCACAUCGCAGCUUGGAGAAACCGAAACCAUGACCAGUAAGAGCCGUGAUAUCAUUCGCAACUCCAAGGACCUGGCUUAG